AUGCUCAUCUCGACUUCCAUCUUCAACCGUCACCGUUUGCAUCGUCGUCAUGGGGCGAUUUACAACGCGACCCAUUUCCAACAUUUUGCAUCAAGAGGAAGCUACUAUGGCGGCCUCGACCCGGUUUGCUUUGGUGACGAGUCCAAAGACGGCCGAUACAGAGUCGUGCACAAGCUAGGCCGUGGCGGCUUUCCGACCGUCUGGCUGCCCGAGGCGCGAAGUGAUGAUCCUCGAAGCACUCCAUCUGACCAUUCGACGUGCAAAGACUUGAGUGCUGCCAACGUCGCCUUUACAACCCGCAAUCUUGCCUCCCUCUCUGAGCAGGCCCCUUUGGACGUCAUCGGUUUGCCUGAAACAGCAGAGCUGCUCAACGCCAACGGGUCAGCCGCGGGACCGCAUUUGCCUAGGCAGUUGGUGGGCACGGCGCGGUGGGACGACUGGACCAACGAGUGCGAAGAUGACAUUUGCCUCGUCGACUUUGGCGAGUCGUUUCGUCUCGAAGCCGUUCCUGACGCUCUUGCCCAACCAAUCGACCUGCGCGUGCCAGAGACUUUGUUUGGCACCGAGUUUAAUUACAAGUUCGAUCUCUGGCGGCUAGGCUGCGUCAUCUUUGCGCUCAUACUUCUGAGAUAUCCGACUCAGUCUCUCGAGGAUAAUAGCCUUGCUGUGGCGCAAAUGAUUGAAUUGUUGAGGAUCUGCCACCUGAGUGGGAAGAAGCGUGGCAAAAGCUCAAAGCCAAGCACCCGUCUUGGAAUCCAAGCUCGUCACCAUGUUUACGGAUCGGGUGCCGGACAAAGAGUUGGCGCCGCUGCUACUCGUCAUCCAGGGACCAGUGAGGUUUCGACCAGCGGAAAGAAUUUCAGCCAGCGCCGCCUUAGAGCUCUUGCCGGAAGAAUAUCUGACGAAUCCGACGCAACCUGA